ACUUGCGCAAUAACGCUUCCGCAUAGAUACAGUACAGUGCACAAAUACAAUACCACAGCUGUCAAUUGGUAAACAUCCUACGGCAAAAUGGUGAUUAAAUGUGCUGUUUUGGGCUGUUCAAAUAGGAAAGAUCGUGAAAAGGACUUUCAAUACUAUAGAUUGCCUGCAAUUGUCAGCAAUCAGGGUGAAGAGUGUGAGAAACUGUCUAGCGAGCGGAGACGUGAAUGGUUGGCUAACAUGAACCAGUGUUUUAAAAACAAAAACUUGGAUAACGUGAGGAUUUGUUCAGAGCAUUUUGUCAGUGGAAAGAAGGCAGAUCUGUAUGACAGAAACAACCCAGACUGGUGUCCCACUUUGCGGCUUGGAGGAUCCAACCCUGAACCAGUUGUCUCAACACCACUGCACAGUGCCACACCACAUGUAGAUAGGUAUACGCGAGUCCAGGAGAGGUCUAAGUGUAAAUGCCUUGAGCUAAUACAGAACGAUGAAGAAAGCACGUUUGAAUCAAGUGAUUCAGGAUGUGAAGGUGUUGCUUCUCAAACAGACAUGGAUGGUAUCUUCAUUAAUUCAAUGGACAGUGAAAUUCGAAGAUUGCGCGAAGAGAACUUAAAGUUGAAAAAGGACAAUGUUGUUCGUUUGUCAAAGGAAGACUUUGAAGGCAAUUGCGAGAAAGUGAAGCAUCUUACAGGACUAUCCACAUUUGCCUUACUGAUGACACUGUUUAGUUACCUAGAACCACAUUUACAGCCUUCAGGUGUGCUUGACCAGUUUAGAAUGAUGAUUUUAACACUAAUGAGACUAAGACUUAAUUUGGCUGUGUUAUUUUUAUCAUAUGAGUUUGGCAUUUCUCAGUCAUCUGUUUCCAGGAUAUUCAGCAGUGUUAUUGACACAAUGUUUGCUAGAAUGAAACCAUCCAUACACUGGCCUGAAAGAGAAACACUGCAGAAAGCACCAGAGCGUUAA